AAGCAUAUGGACCACUCCUGGGUAUACAUUCAACUGAAAAAAAAAUCAUCAGAGGAGAAAUAAGGGGGUGAGGGGGUGGCAGUGGACAAAAGCUAUGGACAUCCAAGCUGCUAUUGCAAGUUUCUUCUGAAAUGAUCAAUUCAGGUAUCUAUAGAAAUGAUAUGCACUGGCUGUAUUAUAUGGGGGUGGGACAUUUGUAUCAAUUUCAGGUAUAUCUACCUCCUGAAGCUCAGCAAAACUUUCCUGCUACAAAAAAAAAAAAAAAAAAAACAAAGUUGCAACUGAGUAGCUGUGAGGAGACAUGUUACAGCCGUUCUCUGCACCUGGUUUCUACCUCGAGCUCUUCCAUCUCAGUAUGGGAACUCCAGGGUAAUCUCUACUUGGUCUUUUGAGAAAAAACUUGAGAAAUGUACUAAUGAGACUUGUGUGUAACUGACCUCCACAUUCCACUAACUAGAACUUGAUAUCCAUUUGGAUGACAGUUAGAUGGAGAGGUUUUAGCUUGUAGCAUGGAGCCAGGAAAUAGGUAUUGCUGAUUAUUGUUAUGGUCGUUACGUGGAAUAUAGCGAUUACUCUGGUGUAGUUCAGACUGAGUGUGGACUUAUGAUAGGGGUUUCAUGUCCAUUACCUUCACUUCUCAUCCACCACAAGGAUGAUCCUCCUCCUACUGAGGAUGAUGAGAACAAAGAAAAGCGUACAGAUGAUAUUUCUCUUUGGGACCAAGAAUUCCUGAAAGUUGACCAAGGAACACCUUUCAAACUUAUUCUGGCUGCAAACUACUUAGACAUCAAAGGUUUGCUUGAUGUCACAUGUAAGACUGUUGCCAAUAUGAUUAAGGAGAAAACUCCUGAGGAGAUUCACAAAACUUUCAACCUUAAGAACGACUUUACUGAAGAGGAGGAAGCCCAAGUACGCAAAGAGAACCAGUGGUGUGAAGAGAAGUGAAAUGUGCCUGACACUGUAACAUUACAAGGAUUGUUCCAAAUACUAGUUGC